AUGCUCCUCUUUCCAAUCCUUUGUCUGUUACCAGUACUCUCCGCAUCAACAGACCCAGUGCUGGAAACGGAUAUUGGGCGGUUUGUUGGGAAACUAUUGACAUUCGACAGUGGCUUACAAGUAGAUGCUUUUUAUGGCGUCCCAUUUGCAAAGCCGCCGGUUGGACCGCUAAGAUUUGAGGUGCGAUAUUUCAGAGUCUUUCUGGUGAUGUUUAUGUUUCGAAUUAUUACUUAUUAUCAUACCACUGUUGAGUUUCAGAAACCUCAAAAUGCCGAGUACGUUGAAGAGAGAGAAGCCAAGACUCUGCCAAAAAUCUGUAUUCAAAUGGACGGGCCGUUUGAGCAAAGCGAAGACUGUCUUUAUUUGAAUGUCUACAGACCUCAUAACAAGGUGAGUUAUAUCAGAAUAGGCUAUAUUACUUCUUUCAGACUGAUACUUAUGGGUACCCUGGCUUCUUUUUCAUCCACGGCGGUGGAUAUCAGAUGGGAUACUCGCAUCAGCACACCACUGAUUACGUUGCUGAGAAUUAUGCAGCGCAGGGAAUGACCGUGGUCAUUCCUCAAUACCGUGUCAGCAUCUACGGUAAGUUAACGCCAGUUUUCAAUUAUAUAACAAAAGGCAAAGAUAGCCUAUAAAAAAGAAUAAAAAACCCAGUCUUCUGUCAUGAUAUCUAUUCAUAUCCUGACAGAAGACCUCUUUGUUUUUUAAGGUUUUGCCGCAACCGAAAACAGAGCCAUCCCUGGCAACAACGGCCUUCACGAUCUCCAUAAAGCCCUUCUUUUCACUCGACGCAAUGCCAAAGGCCUGUAUUUGGACAAUGGCAGGAUCACGGUUGGCGGAUACAGUGCUGGUGCGGCUGCGGCCAGCGCGCUGUCAAUCAGCCCGUUGACGCACGACCUGUUCAGUCAAGUCGUUCAGUUUAGCGGCUCAACUUUUGCUGAAUGGGCGUUUUCAAAAAGAGGAACGGAACAUACCGAAAGAGUGGUGAAAAUUUUGGGAUGUGACGCUGAAAGGGAAGUCAGAAAAUGCCUGCAAGGCAAGAGCCUCAAGGAUAUAAAUGAAGCCGUGGAGAAGGCGGUAAGUAAACAAUGGAUAAAUGUUUUAUUCAAAACGCAUUGGGGUACCUCAAGGUAGACGCUCAGAUUUUCUUUAAAUUUUUCACACACAUCGGGCAUGACCUAAAUAUCAAUUCCCGAAAGUUUUAGCUCGUGCUUUGCAAGCGACACUGAGAUAUUGAACUAUCUUUGCCGCAGAGAGAGUACGCUAAACGCGGAGAGCGGUCAGAGAAAAAACUUUUUUGGCCAUAACUUUGUCAGUUUCGUGCGGAAAAAAUUGAUUUUUUGUAUAGACAUUACCCUUUACGGCAAAAAUCGGUAUUACUUUUUGUGCUGAAAUUCCACAAAAAUUGUCAAAUUUUCGCCGAUUUUCAAUCUAAAAAUCUCGGUUGUUUCUGCCAGGCGGGAGCUAGGAUUGUCGCAUAUAUUUAAGUAAAAAUAUUCUAAAUUUAUGCCAAGUUUCAACGAAAUCUGAACGUCGCACUUGGGGUACUUCCCCUGUAAAAAUGUCGUGAAAAAACCAAGAGUUUGUUUAACGUUAUGCUGCUCUAUUGUCAUGUUUGUAUUUUCAGCACGAAUUCGAGGGCCAGCUCAACUUCUUGGACUAUGCUCCGACGGUUGACGGUGACUUUAUACCCGUCGAUCCGGCAACCUUAAUUGAAUUGGCCAAGCCGAAGCCAACACUCGCGUCGUUGACUCAAAAUGAGGGCCUGUUGUUUUGUAAGUUUCUGUGUAAUUAUGAAAAGGCCCUCACAGAAAGGUUUUAAUUGCUGUGUAUUUGAUUGCUGAUACCAAGCCACUUUCAGCGAUUUACUUCCCUAGCGAUGGCAGAUUUUGGAGGCAUGGUCUGGAGCAGGAGAAGAAAGACGCCUUCUCCGUUGAAGACUUCAAAGAGCACGUGAGAACAGCUGUUGUUCUUAAAAAAAUCUUUGGCGAUCAACAUGAAGAGGUGGCUGAAGAGAUUGCCAAUUUCUACUUGGCAACUGUGGACCCUCAACAGCAUGACAAGAACUUCUUUUUGGACAUGUAUGCUAAGGUAGGGGCAGGGAAGAGGCCUUCAAAGAAGCGAAAGUUUGUUUAGAAAACAACCAAAAUAUGGGCGCUACAAUGACUAUGAUUUUCAGGUCUUUGGAGACAUUAUGUUUGCGAUUCCUCAGCUUCGCGAGCUGAGGAUGAAGCUGAAAGCCGGCUGGACCAUUUAUCAUAUCCUCAGCACCCAUACCGCAUAUACGAAACGGAAUUUCGGUCAUGUGGAGUGUCACCAUACCACACACGGCAUCGAAUACGAAUUCCUCUUUGGUCAAGGGGUUUUCGGAAACACAACGAUAAUGACGGAAGAGGACGAGGAAUACAGAAAAUUGCUCGUUGGAAGUGUCGUCGAGUUUGUGAAAACUGGGUAGGGAUUGGGGUUUAAAGACGAUCUUACUAGGAGCAAUCGGCUCAUAUCGGUUUGUCGGAAAAAUAGAAAGCGCAAUCGCUGAAAUGAAAACAUAUUUGGUUAUGAUUUUAAUAUUUGUCCUGCCGGAAAGUCGACUAAAAUCGGCGACGUUCUUUGCACCAUGAAAACGGGUUUUCUGUCCCUUUAACUUUGACUUUGUACAUCCUUCCAUUUUUAGCUCCCCUAAAAGCGAGUUGAACCCAAAUUUUGUCGCUCUCUCCCCAAGCAGACCGCUGAUCUACACCGAUCUCUCAUCCGAAGCCGUCAUCAAAGAGCCUCUGUUCGGAAGGGAGCUGGAGUUCUGGGACAAGAUGUCCGACAAACUGCAUUUCGACAUUGUCUUUGGCGUUCACAAAGACCAAAAAAAGAGGAAUGAACUUUGA